AUGCGCAUCCCCACUGCGCACGCAAUUUGGCGCACAUUCGCAGCCCCUCUCCACAGCACCUCGACUGUCAACACCCUCCACCACCUGCAUUCUUGCCAAUGCGACCACCACGCGGACCUGCCGUUGGAACGCCAAUACCACGCCUGGCCCACCACAAAACACGCGGCCCCACUACGAGCACCGCCACCUCGACCCUCUCCCUCACACUUCGCGACCGCGCGCGGCUUAACCAACACGCGGACCUCCCAGCGCGCGAAUCCCAGUGCCGCGCCUAGCCCAUCGCACAACACGCGCACCCGCUCACAAUGCCAACAUGGUGCCUCGCCCGACCAAAAUGCACGCCUGCACUGCGCGUACAAUUCCGCAUGCGUUUGCACCCCUCUCCACAGCACCUCGACUGCCGACACCCUCCACCACCUACUCUCGCCAACCAGACCACCACGCGGACCUCCCGUUCGAACGCCAAUACCACGCAUGAGCCACCGCAAAACACGCGCCCUCGCCGCGUGCGCCGCAACCUCAAUCCUCUCCCUCACACUUCGCGACCGCACCCAGGUCGACCACCGCCCGGACCUCCCGUUCGAACGCCAAGGCCACACCUCAUCCCUCGCAAAGCACGCGCCUGUGCUGUGUGCGCAAUUUCCUCCACACUCUCACCCCCGUUUUGGCACCAUGCCCAGACAGCGAAUGCCGACGGACAUGCCCUAA